CGAAGGCGGCAGCCUCGCACCUUACCAAGAUGAUGGCGACCGAGUUCGCGCUCAAGGGCGUCGACGUGCGCGUGAACGGCAUCGCGCCGGGGGUGUACGCGUCCGAGAUGACCUUUACCGACAUCGACGGCGAGGAGCAGACCAACAAGGUCGGCCAGCCGCUGGUGUCGAUACCCAUCAAGCGGGCCGGGACGGCUCAGGAGAUGGCGGGGACGGCGAUUUACCUCGCCUCUCCCGCAGGCUGCUACACGAACGGACAGGAUAUCAUU